AUGUCUCUAACUGGAACUGCCUCCUCUUCGGGCCACAAUUUCGAAUGGAGAAAAGUUGACCAGUGGGAUGACCAGGACUACCUGUGGGUAGAGGUUGGACUGUGGUCUAAUAGAUUCCCUGUUCGGGUGGAUGGACCAAGGCCACAUAAUUUCAAUGUUACAGUAAUCCGUUAUGGCUACAUCGAAACGAAAGUGUGUGAGUCGACUUUGAUGGAGGGCAGAUUUCCUGUUCCUAUCCCGAAAUACCUAGUCGAGAGACCCGGAGAUUAUCAAAUUUCGAUCAAUCGAUCACUUGAGAACUUGCCCACAUUGGGCACAGGAAUCUAUGAAGAAAGCCGUUCAUGCGAGUUUACCUUUGCCGUUCCCCGCCCAGAUCCAGUGUCCGAUUUCAAAUGGAAAAUCUUGAAAUACUAUGAUGUACGAGUAGAAGGAGAAGCUUAUAAGCUCAUAGAGGUUCAACUGGAAUCCCAUGGGCAACCUUUUCCAAUUCAAGACAGCCAAACAGAAUGGUCUUUUGAACUCGAGGUAUUUUAUGACGUACCUAGUCCCAACGACGAUGUCGACGAUCACAUGUGUACUACCAUUCUUCGAGAUGGCAUAUUUCAUGUGCAUGCUCCCAUUACGCUCUUUGAAAGGCAUGGAACGUAUGGGGUUAGGGUCAAUUGGGAACUCGAUGGCAUUGCCUCUCUAGGCCAGCGGAGGUAUGAAAAUUGCCGUGAGGACAAUAUUAGCUUUACCGUGGACUAG